CCCACCCCAAAAGAAAACCUUAUUUACUAUACAUUUCGGUCUAUUUUAUUUUAGACCAAUGGAACAGUAGCUUCAAUAACUUUAAUAGAUAUACUAAUCAUCUUGUUUGUAUCUUACAUCAAAAUUUUAUACAUUAAUUCCGUGUAGCCUGUGUCACAGCCGGAAAUAGCUACAUUAUUUCGAAUUAUAACGGUAAUAUUCCACCUUUUAUUCUGUUUAUAAUUUUUCAAACAUAACUCUCCUUUUUUGGUCUGAUGACCCUGCUUAACAGGCUAUAACAAGUUUGUUUGUUUGAAAAGCCUUGCAAGAUUUGUCAACCGUCGCAAACGGUUAAAAAGACAGUAGUGCGAAGUGCCCUCUCCAUUCAAGCAAACAAAAACGUUACGACUAAUCCGUAACAUUUGAUGGCUAGCUUUAAAGUUUAUAGACUAUUAUUUAAAGACUAUAGAUAUACUAUUCUUUGAUAGCCCUAAGAAAGUGUCUUCUGUUCAGUACAAUACACAGGGAUACCAAUAUCGUUUGCGAUAUUGUUUCCGCAUCAAACGCGGUCGAUACGCGUAACGGAUGAUUUCACCUACUUUACUUUGAUUGGUCCUCGCGGGGUAUUUGAAUGCGAGGCUUGUAAAACAAACUAGGAGAUGAACGUUACAAAUUUUGCAUUGCAAAUGCUCUUGAAAUGACGGACUGAGAAAAUUGACCUGUCUGGCUAAAAACUAACGGAGAUCAAUGGCUUAGCAAAAUACUACAAAGAUUUACCUGAAUUCUGGUUUGAGCAAGUGAUACAAGUCAUGGGUCAAGGAAAAUAGCUCGUGCAUACAACUGAGGUCAUGAAACACCCAUUCCUUCUCGCCAUCUACAUCGGUGGAGGGACAGUAAUAGUCUUACUUAUCAUCUUCGUGGCUACGCGCGUCUACCGGCGCUCAAAACGAGUUAAAGAUGACCGAAUUAUCGCACAUCCAAGAAUCAUCCUAACAUCACCUAGCCCUGGCGCAGUACCUAAGCGACUGUACUCGCCCUCGGCCAUAAAGGCGAAAGAACACGCCAAAGAUGAAGCUGAUAAACAGAGGAAAAAAGAGGCUCGCAAAGGAGUGCACAGUAUGUGGCUUCCUAAACGGAAGGACACGCUACCCAUCACUAAGGCGACUAUUGUACAGCCAAUGAUUACGGAAGCUAGCACGAAAACAGUGAUGUCUAGAGGUAGACUGACGUUCAGCAUGCAUUACCAGUACAAAUAUGAGACCAACACAUCGGCAAUGGUCGUCAAGCUACUAAAUGCACAGGAACUGCCUCCAAAGGACGAUACGGGACCACUGGACGUGUUUGUCAAAACCCAGUUGAUUCCACGCCGCAAGCAGCUAUUCAUAUCCAAGGUUAUCCGUCAGACAUUGCAGCCGUUUUUUAACGAAACGUACGAGUUUGACAUCUCUUAUGACGAGCUUCAGUCUCAAAAACUGCUAUUCCAAGUCAUGGAAUUCGACUGUCUGUCGCGACACCGGAUUUUGGGUGAAGUACGAGUGUGUCUUUCAGAUCUUGGCACUCAUGGUUUUAACGUGCUUCGAGAAGUCACGCUCUGCAUCAAUCUCUCAAAAGCACACUCAGAAGAUUCAUAGCACAAGGAUAAGGGUCGCACCAAGAACAGAUUGUGUUCAAUGGUUCAAAGAAUUACAUACUUUUUACAUCUUAUAUAAGUUAUCGCAAUAAUGGGGGACUUGCGCUAAGAGAUCACGUGACUUUUUGGUUGACAAACUCGCGCGCUCUGGCUUUUAGCGGCAAAAUAGCAACAACGGAAAGCAACUUACUUAGCACAUACGAAUAAAGCCAGAAAGUUUUUUUUUCACAAACCGUUUAUUUUCAUUUAAACAUUUUAUUUUUUUCGUCGUUCUUUGAGGAGACGGGCGCAGUCAGUUCUGUGUUUAUUUCGGUUUGCAUUUGCCACCCAAAAGGUCACAUGAUCUCUUAGAGCAAGUCCCCUUAGCCCAAGUCCUCACAUCCCAGCCCGUGCGUCUGCCCUCUGAUGAUACAAGAAUGACGGGGCGCGCGCGCAAGGGAGAGGGAAGGAUGAGGGGGCUCCCUUUUCCCACAUUCUCUCCAUCCUUCUCUCCAGGCGCGCGGGGUCUACCCCUCAUCUUCCCCAGCCCUUUGCGCUUGCUACGCAGGCUAGACGCACGCUAAAAUGGAGUAGCUGAUAAGUUUCUUUAUAGUUGGGCUUCUCUUCGGGCUCCUCUAUGCUGUAGAACAUAUAGAAGGGUGUCUAAUAACAUCAGUGAAAAUUUGCAAAAUAACAUUUGUACAGAAUAACUGAAGAACAUUUGGGGUUGGUUUUAGCAACCACUUAGAGCAAGGAAGCUUAAUGAAGACUUAGGGAGUGUUCAUUAAUUACACCGAGGGGGGAGGAGGGAAGAUUUGCACUCAAGACACCUUAAAAUUUCAGAGCCCCCCUUUCAUUGUAAAUUUUUUUUCGGUGCCCCCCCCCCCCCCUUAUAGAACCCCAAAAACUUCUUUCUUUUUCCCUUAGAGGACCUUUUUUCGGUGCCCCCCUCAAUAUCUUCCCUCCCCUCCCCCCCUCGGUGUAUUUAAUGAACACUCCCUUACUAAAAAGUAGAAAAAACAAAUUUAUACGAACAGUUUUUCGUAUCCCUGAACGUUUCGAGAUAACGUUUUUUUUUUGCCUUUAAAAAUAAAGUAAGAAAAAUUUAUCUAAAAUUUUCUUUAUUGGUUAGACGACGGCUAGACACAAAAAAAAACUAAUUACAACUGCACAUUGUAAUUUUAGAUGAAAAGUGAAAUAUCUCAUUGGUUUUGUUAUUAAUAAUCAGUUUAUUAAAGUAAGACCCAGUCCUUCAGCUGUAAAA